UCUCGACUCAGGUUCAGUCGGGCCUAAACUGUCACUGAGUGUAGACGUUGUUUUUCACGCUCCUGUUUCCCCUGACACCUGCUUGCUCUCGCGCUCUCUCUCUCCCCAGAUCGGAGUUUUAGUGGCUGAUCUCAUGGAGUGAUAGCUUAAUUUACUUUGCUGGACCGGGACCCCCGCCCCUCCCCCCCAUUCGCUCCUCAAACGAUUCUUCAAGGACUAUAGUGACAGUAAUACAUCCAAUCGUGCUUUUGAAAUCAUGGAUUUAAUUGACACGGCAUUGGACGAUUUCGCCGAGAACGACGAUCUGAAGGAACUGUGGGACUCCGACUACUAUGCGGAGGCAGUGAAAGCAGCUGGCGCCAUCUCUUGGACGAACAAGGAGGCCCUGAAAGCCGCCGGCGAGCUCGACUGGGCCGGAAUGCUAGAGAACGGCACCGUAGGAGGCGCUGCAGGGGUGGUGCUCAACGACAGACUCAUGACGGAGGCUUCCUUGGGCGUGAUCUCCCAGCUGAGCUCCCUCGGGUCCCUGGGGACUCUGGGAUCGCUCAGCUCCAUCCUGGCCGCCCACCACCCCGACCCGCCGCCGGUGGUCAAGACGGAGCAUUCCUACAGCCUCGCCGACAGGUCGGAUCCAGACGCCUCGCUCUCAGAUCUGGAGAGCGAAUGUUUCCCAGCCAUCCCAAUAUCAGAAGCGGAGGGUGGAGGUACGACUUGCACCUCCUCCUCUCUCGUCGUCGUCGUCGUCGUCGUCCUCCACCUCCUCCUCCUGUUCCUCCACAACCACAACCAUCUGCUCGGACAGGCUGUCCUCCUUGACUGCAGACCUUCACGAGGAAGUGGACGAGAAGCCUCACAUCAUUGCCAACACGGUCAUCACAGCAUCCCUGGCGGCGCCUUCCUCCGUCUCCUCCUCCUCGGUGUUCCCCUCCAACACGAGUUUCCGGAAAAUGAUAGAAUGCCGCCGCUGUCCCCCUUGAUAUCCGAGCCGCCCUCUCCUGAGAGCAAGCCCUUCGACUGCUCCUCAGGGUCGACGUCGGCCCUGCUCUCCAACACACUCCUGAAUGUGCCGUCCAUAAAGACAAGCAUGGGCCUAGUGCGACCCAGCGCCGUGGUGGUCACCCAGAGAAGCGGCGCCAGCGUCUCGUCGGCAGCCUCGAAGUUGGGUCUGUCCUCCCUCACCCUGAAGCUGCCCACCACCUCCACGACCAUCUCGUCGGGCAGUAUCAGCAGCAUCACUUCGUCCUCUUCGUCGUCAGCUGACGCUGGCUUCUGCAUGCCACCGACGCCACCUUCCUGCUCGGGCAGUGACAGCGAGUGUGGGGGCCAGUCCCCCCCUCGCACUCCCCCGCUCUACGAGACCCUCAAGCCCCAGUUCUGCAACCCUCGCAAGGGCACAGCCAGGAUUCUCGUGUCCUCCAGGAACCCAAUCAACACGCCGCUGAUCUCAACACAGCCGAAAGGAGCCACAGGGGCCAUUAACUUAACAGAGGAGGAGAAAAGAACGCUCAUUUCGGAGGGGUACAGUAUCCCAAGCAGGCUUCCUCUCACGAAGUCCGAAGAGAAGUCGUUGAAGAAGAUCAGAAGAAAAAUCAAGAAUAAAAUAUCUGCCCAGGAGUCUCGUCGCAAGAAGAAGGAGUACAUGGACGCCCUCGAGAGGAAGGUGGAGAAGCUGAGCAGCGAAAACAUCGACUGCAAGAGGCGCAUCGAAGUCCUCCAGAGCUCCAACAACCAGCUGGUGAUGGAAGUCCAACGACUCCAGAGCAUAGUGGAGAGAGAGGAGAAGAACAGGACCCGGGCAACUCCCCUGGCCACGCUCCUCUCCUAAAAUGUGGUUGUGCCAUUCCAAAACCUGUGUAUUGGUUGAAUCUUCGAUCUCGGAAAUUUUAUUUCGCUACUAAGAGAGAAAAGAAAAGAAAAAAAUCUCAGCUGAUUUCAUCACAAGUGCCUUAUUAAGGAUUUAAGUGGCAUUAUUCCAGUUCCAAGUGAUUGUGUGUGUGCGCGUGAUGCAUAUUUUUUUUUCCUCGUGUAUAUGGCGUACUUGCACAUUCCUAGGCCUAUCCAUUUUAGCUGUUGGUGAUGUAGACCACAUUACGUUAAGGUGUCAUGCAACGAUGUGCAUUAUAUUUCAUUGGCAGUUUUUGUGGAGAAAAAAUAUAUAUUGUAUAUAAUGUAUAUAGUUUUUUUUAGAAUAAUCAGGAAAAAUUAUGCCACGGUAAACUUGCAGAAUGUUGACAUGUUUCUGUAAAGAGUUGAAGUGUGACUGAAGAAGGAAGGCGGCGAGGAUUCAUUCAUUCACUGCAGUAUUACGGAAUAUCUGGCGUCUGAGGGUAAAAUUCAACGGCAAAAUUCGUUCGUCCUGUCCUUCUCCAAUUCAGUUUGUCGACUGACCCAGUGAUAGGGGAGUUGCUUUGCACGGAACUGUGCGAAAUUCUUCAAAGGCAAAAAAAAUUGCUUCGUUUUUGUGUGAGUUAGACUCUGUUGAAGGGAGUUUCAGUUGGGUGUUUUCUGAUGAGACACGACGGAUCUUAAAAUUUUAUUUAAUAGAAGUCCUCCUUCCUGUCGAAAUGAUGAGACGAAAGCGAGUUCCAUCUAAUAGACUCCUCUGAAAGAAGAGUGGCUAUUUUAUGUUGCUCUGUUGCAGUGCCAAACUUUUACCUUAAAGAGCGUCGUCGAGUGGCCUUGUGGCUGAUUUAUGAAACGAAUCAUUUCAUUUCUUUAGAUUAAAUAUAAGAAGUUGACGCCCUGUUGCUCAUCGAGUUUAUCUUAAAUAGCUCUGAAUUCAUAUGUUAUUGAUAAAGAGUACAUUCUAAUUUGAAAUAUUAUUUCAGUCAAAUUCUAAUUUAAAAUAUUAUCUCGGUCAUAUUCUAAUUUCAAAUGUCUCAGUCAAAUUCUAAUUUCAAAUACUUCAGUGAAAUUAUAAUUUCAAAUAUCUCAAUGAAAUUCUAAUUUCAAAUAUUUCAGUGAAAUUCUAAUUUCAAAUAUCUCGGUCAAAUUCUAAUUUCAAAUAUCUCUCUGUUAAAUUCUAAUUUCAAAUAUCUCUGUCAAGUCUAAUUUCAAAUAUUUCGGUACACAUUCUAAAUUAGAAUAUUAUUUCAGUCCAAUUCUAAUUACGAAUAUUACCCCCAGCCAUUUUUCAGGAACAUUGGGGUCGAUUCAGUUCAAGUCUUAAGUUAAUAUACCAUCAAUUCCAGCCACUAGUUUGGUCGAGGGCGUGUCUGCACGAGAGGGUCAGGUCAAGGUUGCAAACUUAUUAACCUUGCUCCUUUGCAGGUGACAUUCCACGUCAGAGAUUAUGGUACUUUGUUUUUAUGCCCCGGAUAGUUUUUCGUUCCUUUAAUUUUUGCUUCAUUAUGAUGAUCUUCUUUACCUUCAGUAGCCCC